AUGGGUAUUUCUCGUGAUUCUCGUCACAAAAGAUCAGCCACUGGUGCUAAACGUGCUCAAUUCAGAAAGAAGAGAAAGUUUGAAUUAGGUCGUCAACCAGCCAACACUAAAAUUGGUGGUAAGAGAAUCCAUACUGUUAGAACCAGAGGUGGUAACAAGAAAUUCAGAGCUUUAAGAAUUGAAACUGGUAAUUUCUCAUGGGCUUCUGAAGGUAUUGCUAAGAAGACUAGAAUUGCUGGUGUCGUUUACCAUCCAUCUAACAAUGAAUUGGUUAGAACUAACACUUUAACUAAAGCUGCUAUUGUUCAAAUCGAUGCUACUCCAUUCAGACAAUGGUAUGAAGGUCAUUACGGUCAAACUUUAGGUAAGAAGAAGGCUGGUAAGGGUACUGAAGAAGAAAUUGUCAAGACCAAGAAUUCUGAAAAGAAAUGGGCUGCUAGAGCUGCUUCUGCUAAGAUUGAACCAUCUGUUGAACAUCAAUUCAGUGCUGGUAGAUUAUACGCUUGUAUUUCUUCUAGACCAGGUCAAUCUGGUAGAUGUGACGGUUACAUCUUGGAAGGUGAAGAAUUAGCUUUCUACUUAAGAAGAUUGACUGCUAAGAAAUAA